AUGCAGGUGCUCAGCCCUCUCUUUGUGUAGGGUCAUGAUGUCGUAGUGAAACUUCUUUUACUAUGUGCUAAGUUAAGUCCUACUGCUGUGUGUUUGCUGAGAGUUUCACAUGGAGAAAGCAUUGGAUUGGAAUUCGGAAGCCCUGACGUGUAUCCUUCGUGGCUGUUCCAGACUAGGUGUUUGAUUGUGGAUGCUGCAGCUUCAGCUUGUUGUGGUGCAUUUGGCCCUCGUCAUCACCCUGCUGCAGCGGCACUCCAGCUCGAUGCUUCUGGCAGAGGCAGCUCCAGAGCCUUUGGAGCCUUCUGCUGCUCUGGGAAUGGAAGCACACCCAACUGCCAGUGAAGAGAAGUCUGCCUCCAACCUGGCAGCCAAACUGUUCCUGCUCGAUGAGCUGGUGUCUCUGGAGAAUGAAGUGACUGAGACCAAGAAGAAAAGAAGUUUCCCAGGAUUUGGGUCCCCGAUCGACAGAAUUUCUGCGACCUCUGUGGAUACUAAAGGCAAACAGAGGAAAGUGGUCGAGCUGCCUAAGAGACGGUUUGGGAUUCCUCUUGACCGGAUCGGAGUGAGCCGUCUUGGCAACACCAAGGGUGCUUCUGUUCUGAAUGAUUGAUGCUGUACUGGAAACAUCACAGAAAUGCGGAAGAUGCACCAGAGCACGUCUUGUCAUUGACUAAUGAUUCAACACUCAAGGAAAUGACCUCCUGCAAAAUCUAUUUCACAUUGCAUUUUACAAACAUUGCAUUUACAGAUAGUAAGAAAUUCAGUUCAUCAGGUCAGAAUGCUCUCACAGUUGUGCACAGUGCCACUGAUAGGAGGAAACAGAAAAUAUGUAUAUAGUUUAAUUGCAUGGCAUUUCUCUCUUAAACCUGCAGAAGUUCAUUUUCCUAGCAAGGACUGUUAAAAUUUUUUGAUUUAAAAUAAAACUUUCAGAGAAGCCAACAGCAGUCCAUGAGAAGCAGACAGUUUGCUUUGCACAUUUCUUUCAAGAGGGUGUUUGUCUUGUAGGUGAAGGGAGAUUUUAACAGUUAUGGGACAAACCCAGGUUUUAUUUGAACUGCUAUUUGGGAAAAAAACAUCUAGUGAUAUCAUAGGAGUUAGUCUGAAUAAGAAAAAUGAAAAUACCUUAGGAUUUGUACUGAUGCUUUUAACAGUCUUUCUCAUAUCUCCGCACCAAAUUUGGAAAUGUUUUCAUUGUAUGGCAUAUCCUGAAAUGUGGUGAGACUUUUAGUUUCCUCCUCUAAGCUGAUGAAUACAUUUCAGUCCUCCCUAUGCAUAGCAUAGGAUACUGUCCAAAUAUGAAGUCAUCUACUUCCUAAGCCAUCUGCAUCGUAUGCCUUAUUUUAGCCUCUUGAUGCAUGCAUGGGGCAUAAUCACAUGUCCAACUGUAAAAGUUCAAGCAUUUCUUAGUCUGAUAACAUGUAAACGUAUGCCUGUCCUCACCAUUUCAAUUCAGAGUAAAACAGGUAAUUUUAAAUCCUGCUUCAUUGCUUUUCACUUUUUUCCUAGCUUAUAAAAUAUUGCUGAAAAAAAGCUGUUUGCUGACAUAUCACUGCUCAGAUUCUUAGCUGAUCUUUUCUAAACCUCGCCUGCUCCUUGUUGGACUAUGAUCCAUGUCAGCUAAAUGCCUUGGAUUGAUAUUCUUGGGUAUAAAUCAUCCUUAGAAUUGCAAAAGAUGAUCCACUGAGAAAGGAUUACAUAGGACUAGGAAAAUAAAAUACAUCUUGCCACAUAUUUACCUUGUGUUAGGCAGAGAGUUGCAGUAAGGCAAGAGAUAGAAGUUAAGUGUUUAUUUCCUGAUCUUAUGUGAGGCACAAAGAAACUGGCAAUCAGCUAGCAAGAUGGGGAAAAAUACAGUCAGCCUCUCAGUCAGCUAUAAGAAAGGAGUUGGGAAGUCAGUGCGUCCUUGAGAUUAAAGUUAUUCAAAAGAUUGGCACCUUAGGACAAUUGCCCCAAUAUAGGCCAUAGUGGGAGGAGAGGUCCCCAUUCAGAAGGGCAGGCAGCAUCAAGUACAUGUCCCCUAGUCCCAGUGUUCAUUUUCUACCUUUAUGCUUGCAGAUGAAGGGUUUGGGACUGAGUGGCUGACCUGAGACAAGAUUUUCUGUCCAUGCUAGAAAAGAAUCCGCAAAUGCAGUCCCAGACAGUCUCAGCCCCUGUCCUCUGGAGUAUGUUACAACUACCUAUCCCAAGUGUGCCCUGUGGCUUAGUAAACAGUUAUCUUAUUGCACUGAGCUCACCCAGACAGUCUGCCGAUAAUCUGAUUGUGAUGCAGCCAUAUGUAGGGGAUAUGGGCAGAUUAUGGAAGUUGUGUGUUCCUGACCACUCAUAUAGUUGUCGGUCAGCAGCAGCAUGGUCACAGUUAUUGUAGGAUGCAUUUUGGGAGACUCCGAUCAGAAGAAUCCAAUGCUAACAUACCAGAUCUGCUUGAUCAUAAAAGUUUUCCAGCAGUCAUUUAGUAUUAGUGUGGGUUUCUAAAUAAAGAGGUGUUUUGUAGCCCAUAGUUGGGUGUAGAAAUGCCCUCCAUCUGAAAGAAAUCAUGAAGGCAAAUCAGGACAGAGGUCUCCGUUGCAGUGUAGCCUGUAACUGUGACCUGAAAGCUUCAGUCCUGCUCUUGGCUCUUGUCACACUGCAUUGAUUACCUGGGGGGAAAGCAACAGCCUUUCUCUUCCUCUGCCCCAUCCACCUCAGAGCACACUGCAGUCUCCUGUGGCUCAAAUACACUUUAAAAUCCAUUAAUCAACAGGCACUAUUUAAAGUACAAUGAUGUCUGGAAGGAUAAAUGCCAUGAUUUGUUCAUGGAUAAAUGCUGGAUAGCUUUAGUCAUGGUGCAUAGCAUGCAGGUCAACAGACAUGAAGUGAGGAUAUACUACAGCAUCCAUUGCAUGCUAGAUUAGCCCUGUGCUGCCUGUUUGCAAACCCAUUCAGAUGCCUGUGAGGAUUUUCUGCUAAUAAAUCAACAUGAUCUACCA